AUGUGUUGGUCUCGUAGCAAUAAAUCGGAUAAAUCCGAGAGUCUCAAUAAAUGUCCCAGCCAAAUCGAUUCGGCCCCCAAACCUUCUAAUGAAGCCAUCGAGACUACGGAGAAUCUGGUGACUUCCAGGGAAACAAUCAAGGAGGAAGCGGGAAAGAAGCCGGAUGGUGUGGAAAGAAGCGAUAUCCCCGUGCAUCAUAGAAGUAUGUCAUGUCAAUUUGAAUUAUUAGUUCUGAAGGAAUAUCACAUUUUUUAAUUUUUGGCCUUAACCAUUAUAGAGGUGUAAGAAAAAUUUUAGACCUUGCAAAGGCACCUAGAGCUUCCUUGUUAGCGAUCUCAGAUGAAGAGAAUACAUUACCUCACUCAUUACUUCUGACCUUGCCAUGGAAUGCCAAAACAUAGCGGGAAAGCUGAUUUUUGAAUUGAUGACAUAAAAUUGAAACAAAACUUUGAUUCAGAAUUAUAAAUGCAUGUAAAUUCAGAGAAGAAGAAGCCCAUUCCAAAAUUUGACCCCAGUUCCAAGCCCGACCCUGUCGUUCUCAGCGAUUCAAAAGGUCUGAGAAGAAAACCGCAGGACAUCAGAGCCGCAAUGUCCAAAGGGAAGACCGAGAAUAACACGAUGACAGAUCCAGAGUUCAGCAAAAGCAGAUUUACCAAAAGGGAUAACAGUAGAGGCUUGAACGCCGACAAAACCCAAGAAGCGUCGUGCUCAAAAAAUAUUCUAACCGCCAACGAAUAA